AUAUUACACUAACAAUUCCUAAUUAUGCGAACAAAAUUGAUUACAGCUAUCGUCAUUUAUUGAUAUAUAUUUUAAUAUAUAUUAAAUGAGUUAAUGGUUGUAUCUGUGUGCGAGGCGUGUAUGUGUGAGAGGCGUGAGGGAGGCGCGGGGCCGGGAUUCCGCACACCAGCAAUCAUGCGGCGGCCGCUACUGUGGGCCGGGUUAUUCUUACUCUCCGCCUGCAUGUGUGUCUUAGCCAAAAUUAGAGACCCAUAUGAUAUUCUUGGCGUCAAGAGAAAAGCUGAUACCCAGGAUAUAAAGAAAGCUUAUAAAAAACUAGCCAAAGAAUGGCACCCGGACAAAAAUCCAUCACCAGAAGCUGAACCAAAGUUUAUCGAAAUCAACCAAGCAUAUGAGUUGUUGAUGGACCCUGAAAGGCGGCGGUUGUAUGACUCUACAGGUCAAACGGAAGAACAACCUAACUUCCGCAAGCAACACGAUUAUUCCUCAUACCGACGAUUUGAUCCUUUUGAUGAUAUUUUCAGUACAUUUGGAGGGAGUUUUCGCUUUAAUUUCAAGCAUGGAGAUGGAACAAAUAUAUAUAAAAAGCAGUCUAUAACAUACAAGUCUUAUCAAAACUCAAUUAUCCCAUUAAGCAAGAAACAGCCUUACCUGAUCCUUUUCUACUCAGACUGGUGCAUAGCCUGUGCACACAUUGAACCCAUAUGGAGAAGACUGGAUGAAGAACUGGCACCCAUUAAUUUUGGCAUGGCCACUGUUCAUGCUGGUCGAGAAAUUGAGCUUGCUAAAAAAAUUGGUGUGAAGACUGUGCCAUACCUGGUGAUGCUGCUGGAUGGUCAUCCUUACCACUACACAGAUGCCUCACUCAGCAUGGUCUCUUCUUUGGAUUUCAUACGUAGCAAGUUCCCACACAAACUGGUUCAACGAAUAACAGAAGAAAACCUGGAAAGUUUUCUCAAUGGAUGGAUGGAUAACCGGGUUCGUGUGUUAAUCUUUGGGCGUUUGGACAUCAUCAGACUGCGUUACUUGACGGUUGGUUGGGAAUUUCGUGAAAGAGCUGUGAUAGGAUAUGUACAGAUGGAUCGUGGAGAUACUGACACUAUUCGCGCACGCUACAGCGUAUCCAACAAAGUUGACACCUUGCUUGUGUUCCAUGAAGACAUGCAUACACCAGUGGCCUCGGUGGCAAUGACAGACUUGCCUUAUCCUACUAUGAAAGAUAUUAUUGAAGGCAACAAAUUCCUGGUCUUGCCUCGGCUUUCCUCACAGUCUGUGUUUGAUGCCUUAUGUCCUGUGGAGUCGGUGAGGUCUCGUCGGCGACUGUGUGUUGUAUUGGUUACUCAAGAUGACCCGGCCCACGACCCCAGUCGAGCAGCACUGCGAGAAUAUGCAACUGGUGACCAAGCAAGAGAGAGAGAUCGAGUUCGGUACACUUACCUCUUCAGGGAGAAGCAAGUAGAGUUUAUGAAUGCUCUUACUGCAGGUUCAGGCUCACCUGUUGAGACCAAUCAUCACAUAGUAAUCCUGUGGCGUAAGGACCAGAACCACCUGAAAUAUGAGUGGUUAGAGGAAGGGUGGCAAGUGGAGCCAGACAAGCACAACAGCUCUCGUGAAGCACUCAAAGCAGCUGUUCAGAGACUCCUCCAUUCCAAUCAGGCUAUGCCAUUUGAAACUGUUGUCCAGGAGUUGUUUGAUGAACAUGCCCAAGGCAUUGUUUGGAGAAUCAUCAACAAACUUGUCUCUGUGCAAGAUUAUCUGAGAGACAAUGUAAGUCAAGAUGAUUUACUUCCUGCUGUGUCUAUCCUGGUGACAGUGUUGUUCAUUAUUGCUGGAGGUUACGUCAUGUCGUAUUUAGUAAAACUAGAAGAAGAGCGAGUGGGUAGUUCAGAAUCCACAUUCAUAGACCAAAAUGGAAAAGUGACACCUCAGCCUCAACUUCGUGUACAUGAAUUGCGAGGAGAGACGUACAAUGGCCUUGUUCGGAUGUUGAAGCCAGGGUGCCGCACUAUUGUGAUGCUGUGUGACUCGGAGAGCAAGGCUAAACUUAUGCCGAAAUUCCAUAAAGCGUGUUGGCCAUACAGAAAAAACAAAACCUUGAUGUUUGCUUUUUUAAACAUUGAGCGAGCAUCGGCAAUGGAAUGGUACAAGCGCAUACUAGUCCUUGGGCUUCCUGAACCUCGUGAUCUCAACAUCAACCCUAAGAACACCCUUGGCACUGUAAUUGCACUAAAUGGACAUCGGAAGUACUACUGCCUGUUCCAUGCCAAACAUCCUGAGACUGUGUUUGGGUUCACUCCAAAUCCAGGCGCACCCGAGACAGAAGGACUCCGCCGAAGGCCUGUACGUUCUGGCAUCAGUGGAGACUUCAUGGGCUUCAGUGACAAUGAAUCCGAGUCAGACUCAGAUCUGGAGGUUGGGGACAAGAGGAAGGAUUCAGUUGCUUCAGAUAGGCCGCUGCUUAACUACUACAGCAAUAUACUGUUCGAGGAGCAACUACUGGAGGGUCUGAGCAACUGGCUCGACCGCCUCUUUGAGGGCUCUACACUCCGCUACCACAUCAACUACUGGCCUGACUGGCCUGGGAAAUAAUGAAUAAUAUAUCUAAUGGGUUUAUUUAUUUAUUUUGUAUUUGUAACAAAUUUUGCCCUUGUAAAUUAUCAAAUUAAAGUUAUAUAAGUAUCAUACUUUCCAGAAUUUAAAAUUUAUUUGUUAGUACAGCACUAUUUGUAUAUAUAAUAAAAUUUUAAUUUACUUGUAAUGCGAAUAAUAAUGUAAUUAAGCGGUAAAUUGGUAGCAAUCCACUUAUAGCAUAGCACUGGCAUAUAUAAAUUAGCCAGAGAUAUUGUUAUAAUAAAAGACUUUCCAAUGUACAAGCCAUUACUGUAUCUACAACAUUACCCAUUACAGCAUGUAUGAUGCAAGCACACAUUCCAGCCAUAUCUAUAAUAUGUAUAUGCAGAAAAUAUAUAUAUAU